GUGGCUCAUUCUAUAUAUGGCGUUGCGAGCACUAUAAAUGCAGCAAACUAUGUAUUUUUCCUUGCUCUGGAAAAAGUGCAACAACUCGAUCAUCCUGACGCAACCAAAGUAUAUACCGAGCAGCUGCUGGAGCUUCAUCGCGGCCAAGGCAUGGAGAUUUAUUGGCGUGAUAAUUUUACGUGCCCGACAGAAUCUGAAUACAAACUAAUGACAAUUCGCAAAACCGGUGGUCUCUUCAUGUUAGCCAUUAGGUUGAUGAAAUUAUUCAGCAAUAGUAAUGCGGACUUUUCCCAGCUAACAGCAAUUCUGGGUCUGUACUUUCAAAUUCGUGAUGACUACCUGAAUCUGACGAGCAAAGAAUAUUCGGAGAGUAAAAGUUUUUGUGAAGAUUUGACCGAAGGAAAGUUCAGCUUCCCAAUUAUUCAUGCGGUGAACAAUCAAAAGCAUGACCGGCAAGUUUUACAUAUAUUGAGGCAAAGAACCAAAGAUGUUGAAGUGAAGAAAUAUUGCAUUCAUUUGAUGGAGAAAAUGGGCUCGUUCGAAUACUGUAAAAAAACAUUGCAGAUGCUGAAUGAACAAGCAAGAGCAGAAAUCUACUUUUUGAAACAGGUUGCAAAUCUUGGACCAAAUAAGUACAUGGACACUCUAUUGGACGAAUUGUGCACAUGGAAUUCGGCGAAAACUUGAAAAACUACAAUUGCUAUAUUUUCUUACCAAUUGUUUUUUUCAUACAGAAUUUUAUGAAUAAAAAAUACCAAUUUUCAAUGGAA